AUGUCUCCCAGAGUCUUCAUCACCGGUGCAACCGGCUACGUUGGUGGCCAGACAGCAGUCACUCUAAUUGCUGCGCACCCCGAGUACGACGUCGUGGCACUAGUCCGAGACCAAGAGCAAGCCGAUAAGCUCAAGAGCCGCUUCCCCAACAUCAGUACCGUCCUCGGAACCCUCGAUGAUGAUGCAGUGCUGAAGGAGGAGGCUGCUAAGGCUGAUGUUGUGCUGCAAACCGCCAGCUCCGACCACGUCCCUGCUGUGAACUCCCUUCUCAGUGGCCUAGCAAAUGGAAAUGGAAGAGGGAGAUACAUUCACAUCUCUGGCACGGGCGUUCUUAACGAUAUGUCGACUGGACCGGGAAACCCUACUUCAAAGAUCUACGACGAUGUCAAAGACAUUCAUGAGAUUAUUAACCUGCCCGCGGAAGCUCUACACCGGAAUGUAGAUGAUGCGGUUAUCACAGGUGGAAUGCGGCUAAAUGUUCCCACAGCAAUUGUAUGCCCGCCUACUAUCUAUGGCGUUGGUGAGGGGCCGAUCAAGAAGCGGAGCAUGCAGGUUCCGUUCUUGACUGAAGCGAUUCUAAAUCGGGGGAAAGGGUUUACUGUUGGAAAGGGGGAGAAUCUCUGGGAUUACUGUCACGUCAGCGACGUAGCCAAAGCAUUCCUCGUCCUAACUGAAGAAGCACUGAAGCCCAACGGAGGCUCAGCAACCUGGGGCCCAGAGGGAUACUAUUUUGCCGAGGCCGGCGAGUUCUCAUGGAAAGGUGUGAGUGAAAAAGUCACCCAGAUUGCUCAUGAGAAGGGAAAGCUUGCUGCUGCGGAUAUCGAACCACUGGCCGUUGAGGACGCUCUUAAAUUCCAUCCGUGGGCGCCGGUUCUGUGGGGUGGAAACUGUCGCAGUCGGGCUAGUCGGCUGCGCGCUUUAGGGUGGAAGCCUGAGGGACCGAGCCUUUGGGAGGCCAUUCCUAGUAUUGUGGAGUUCGAGAUUCGUGCUCUUGGAUUGUGA